UGAACCUAGUCAGAAACCAUCAAGAUUGGCACCAAAAAUACGACUAAUUAAGAUCGAGUUGCUAGCCAUUGUGUUAGUAUAAGAAGCUCAAUUAAGUCUAUCAAAUUCUUAUCCAAAAUUCUCAUAAUUAUACUCUAUUUCCCUUCAACUGAUAUCGAUCAUGGCAGCCUACGCAGCUUUGGUUUCUCUAAUUCAUAUCAUAGACGACAUCGAGCGCCAUCAUUCCCCUCCAAUUUCUCUCAACAAACAACAAGUUCAAUCUCUCACUGAAAAUGUCACGUUCUUGCAGGAGUUUCUCGAAGCUUAUAUCUCCCCUGUUUCCGACGGCGACGAAGCAGAUCCAUUGGAGAUGCGUAUUGCAGAUGCAGCUUACGCGGCAGAACACGCCAUCGAAUCUCAUAUCGUGGCCAAGAUUCAGCUGAGCAGAUCCAAAGAAACCAUUUGCAGCCACUUCUUCAGCUGCUUUCGAGGGGCAGAGGAUCCAAAAACUGUCUCACCAAAUCAUGAUGAUGAUGAAGAGAUGAACUUGUAUCAAGAUGUGCAAAAUGUGAUACAAGAAAUGGAUCAGAUCAAGAGUUUGGCGAUGCAGAGGAAUACAGAGAAGGUGGUGCUCCAUGAUAAGCGGCGCAGCUUCGUCUCUGCUCCUUCUUCCACUGGGAAGAACAGUAGUGGCACGGUGGUGUGGUCCGAGGGUGUCGUGAAUGGAAUCUUGGAAAGGCUCGUUGCAGACCAACACGAACGCCAAGUCAUCCCGAUCACAGGAAUGGGCGGGAUAGAACCUUCGAGUGAUGAUGUCGUCAUCAUGGAGAAUCUACAGGUGCUUGAGCGAGUGCGUAAUUUCAAGUGCAGUGAAGAGGUGGUCAAGAGAAUUCCCAAUAUCAAAAAAUUGGGGAUGCAGUAUCUUGGGAGCGAGGGGAUCGAGCAUGAUGAUUAUUAUUGUCUGAGCAAUAUCGAACGUCUAUGUAAAUUGGAAUCUCUCUACAUAUCGUGUUGGUAUGAUUUUAGAGUUUCUUUGUAUGUGCUCGCAUUCCCCCAAAGCCUCAAGAAGUUGACUCUUUCCAUGAAUGGUGGCUUUGAAUGGGAAAAGAUGUUGGAAAAGAUAGGUGCAUUGCCCCAUCUCGAGAAGUUCAAAUUGUGGGAGGGAUGCUUUAAAACAGGCAAGUGGCAAAUGGUUGAAGACCAAUUCCCUUCCCUCAAAUACUUGGGAUUGUAUUCAUGUCCUAGUCUGGAGCAUUGGACUGCGGAAGCGAGCUCCAUCUUUCCACGUCUUGAGAAGCUUCAGCUUUUUCAUAUGGAAGAGUUGAAGGAGAUCCCAUCUCAGAUUGGAGAUAUACCCACCCUGCAAAAGAUAUGGAUGACUGAUUGUGGCGAAUCAUCAGUGAGGUGUGCCAAGGAGAUCGUAGACCAACAAGUGGAUUUACAAGGGGAAGUUCAAUUUCAUGUUCAAGUUUGGUUUCCGCGUAAAGACGAAGAAAUGCAGACCUUUGAAGCGUUGCAGAGCUUGGCAGGUCCCAACUUUGAAGUUGUGUAAUAGCUAGCUAAGUUUGAAGUUUUGUAAUAGCUAGCUAGGUUUUACUCCACCACAAUCUCUCUUGUUUUCGUGUGUGCUUAUAUUUUUAAAAUUAUGUGUAAGGCUCUCCAAGAUAUUUGCAUUUGAAUAAGCAUCAAAUUAAUAUAUGUUUAAUUAAGAGAUAA